ACGAGACGUCACCAUGAGAUGCUACUAAGUAGCUCAUUGAAGCGGCUUAUCUAGCUAUCUCCCAUCGGAGCAGGGAAUGGGGACGGCGAAUGUUCGCUCCCUGUCGAUCCCUCAGUACGCGCCGUGACUUGGCAUUUUUGAGUUGCGAUACGUAUUCAUGCAUAGGUUGCUCAUUACUUGUGUGAUAUGCACGGAAUCGGCUUCCUCUCUAUCACUACGCAUCCUGCAUAUGAUGACUAGUCGACAUGCGGAUUGCUUAGUUUUAGCUCGGCGCUUCUGCGCUUCGACGGAAGGGGUCUAUGCUGCAGUGGAGAAAAGAAACUGGCCAAGGAAAUCGAUCAACCGCGCAACCCGAUCGACUUUCCACAAAAUCGAUUGCAAGGAACGCAGCCAAGCCACUUUUCUGCCAUGCGGAUCAUUUAUCCGUGGAUGUGCCGGGAACCGAUGCUUAUCGCCCGAUUGAUUACUGUAGCUUUGAAGCAUGUAGGUGGAUCGCCAGGAAAACAUUGCUAGGGUAGGCUUUUCCCCCCACAUUUCACUGCUCUU